UGCAGAUGUUUCGUGCAGAGACAUUUGCAUACAUAGAUCCCUGCAUUUGGACAGGCCUUUACUUAAAUUACGUUUUUUUUUCAGUACGCACUCUUUAAUCGCUAUGGAACUAUUACAUCAAUACAGUUAGAGUACAGUGUACUGAUUCUCAAGUAACGUGACACUCAAAGGGACGUUCGUUUUCAUGCGUUAGCCAAGCGGUCUGUGCGCAGUCUGAGAAGGGAUUUUGUUUGCAGUUUGUUAAUGGCUGAAACGGAAAUUCGUUCUCAAACUCAUAAUAAUGUCAAAUAAAAACUAACUUUAAAAGCGACUGUAGUUUUGCUUUUACUAAUCGCGUGUACGAAAGUAUCUCUGAGUGUUUUAUUUACAAUAAUAUCUUUGAGAGAGCUGGCAGUGGGGAAAUUGGCAGAGUUUUGAAUCUGUUGUUUGUGGUUUCUAACUUACUGGUAAUUUGAAGAAUAGCGUAAUAUUGAAUAAUCUGCAGUAAGUGAAAUUUGUACGUGUUUUUGUGUCGUAUAACACCUGGUAUCAAUGGAUGGUGAGUGGAAACCAAAUGAAGAGAGCUUGCAACAACUGUUGGAAAUGGGAAUAUCGAAGGAAGAUGCGGAAGAAGCACUGAGGAACACUGGAAACUCAUCAGUUGUUUUUGCUGCUGAUUAUGCAUUUGCAAAGCAAGAUAAGAUUGACCCAUUUCUGUCUAGAGUAUACCAAAUACCAGAAGGCUGUAAAAUGGUAUUUGUUGUAAACACUGAUCUUGGCAUGAGCAUAGGGAAAACUGCGGCACAGGUCUCAAGACAAGAGCCAUGUAAGAAGAAAUGGAAGCUGCAUACUAAUCUGGUGCGACAUGGAGUCCAUUUUGCUUGCUGCAUCCAGAAGGGACCCAAAGAUGAAAGAGUGGAUACUGGAGCUUUUAUCCUGGUUGGGCAUGCAACAUUGGGCCUUUACCAGAAAUUAACAGCUUCACCACAGUAUGCUGAAGAUUUGAUUAAUUGGGAAGAUAACGGUGGAAAAAUGGUCGUCCUUAAGGGUCUUAACUACCAACACCUGAAGUUGCUAGAAAAAGAGGCUGAGGUGAAUAAACUUCCAGCACACUGUAUUACAGAUGCUGGUCUUACUGAAGUACAGUCUGGUUCAACAACUGUAUUAGCAAUUUUUGGCAAAGAAACUCAAGUUAAUAAUGUUACCGGAGAACUAGCUCUGUUGCAAUAGGGGAAAAAAUGCUACCAUAUUGGCGAAAAACACUUCAAACCAGCUUUGUUAUUGCAGUGCUUGUGUCCAUAGAAAUUGUAUACAUAAAUUAUGUACUAACAAUUUUUUAAAAAAAUGAGAUCUUUUUCCUCUCUGCUUGUUUUACAGAUAGUGUAAUACAUGCCAAGAAAUGCACAACGAAAUUGCUUAUUGCAGUGAGUAGUUACAAUAUACUGUAGAUUUAUUGCAAAACAAUUUUUGAUUUUGUGUAUUUGUUUCAAAUUGAUUCAGUGACAAGAUUUUAUAUACACUCAAGUGUUUAAAAUGUACAUUGUUUCUCUUGAACUCUUUGUCAGGUUGCUUCAGUUGAUAAGCAUUUCAGCAUGACCAAAUGAAGUAUAGGCAUAACCUAUUACUUGUGCAAUAUUCAUUUUUGAUAUUGAACUGCCAAAUAUCAUUGUCCAUACAGACCUGAGAGAAUUUGGUUGAAGUAGCUGUUUAAUACUUGUAUAUAAACUUGUAACUUAAUAUUUAAUCCAUAAUGUUGGUUCUACAAAGACUAUGUUAUGUGUUAAGCUCUGUGAUUACAAGACAAAGAAAUGAAGCACAGGGAGGAAAAACAAAAGCUAAAAGUUAAAUGCGAGGACUUCUGUUGCUUCGUUAACUUAUUUGUGCUUAUAGAGGUAGUUUUCCGUGACUGAUGUUGAGUGGUUUGUGUUUGUUACACUAUGAAUUCAAGAAUAAGAAAAACAGAUCCUCACUGUUAUUUGUAUUUGUCUAUACUGAAUUGUAUAUGAAAAAGAUGCUGCCAAGGUGCUAUCAGAUAGUGUUGACUGUUAAGUAUUUAAUGCCAGUAAUAUAGUAACAGAGUGGUAUAAAAGGCAGCACAAGCAUAUCAUGUAGUACUCUGUUGUUAAAGCAAGAAGACAUUAGCCAUAUUUUAUGAAACCUGUAUCAGUGAUGUGAGAUAGUCAUAUUUAUGUAUAAAAGGUUUUCCCUCAUUUAGUGAAGUUAAUGGAUACUACAGUUUCGAUCGUGACAUUUGAACAGUUUUAUUUUUACAAGGUUUUACUGUUGUUUUAUGUUGUUAAGGCAAGUUUUAUAAAGCAUUAGCAUGCUGACUUUGUACCUCAGUAAACUGUUUGCACAGAUGUGUAGGAGUUAAUUACAUUAAUUAACAAUAAACACCUACUUCUUUAGCAGAAUUUUGAGUUUUUAUACUCUGUCUCUCCUGUUAUGCAAGAAUGUAAGUCUUAUUAGUGGAUUCACAAACAUACAGAAAAUUGAUUAAUUUUUCUACUUCGUAUCACUGGAAAUUUCUGUUGUAGAAUGAGAAUGACAUUCAAUAAAAAUUAGAAUAACACAAAAUAAA